AUGAUUCACUGGACAACAGACAUGUUGAAAAGGAGGGAGUUAGAAGAGCUAUCUAAAGGAGGUUUCGGAAAUGUAACCAUAUCAUUACAACACAUGAACAUGAACCGCACUGAACAAGAAGAUAAUUACAAAACAGAAGAUGGAGAGGAUGAUGAUGUUGUUGGAUCUGAAAGAGAUUGCAUAUCUCCUGAUGGGUUUAUUGGAAAUGUAGUUCAAGAAACAUCAGAAAAUGAUGCAGACAACAACUUCAAGGAAAUUAUGAGGGAAAUAAACUUCAAUUUCAAUGCAUAUCACAAUGCAAAAAGAGCUAUAGAUAAGUUGUUGAUGCGAGGUGUAAAGAAGUUUCCCGAUUCUGUCGAACUGCGCAUGCUAGUAACAAAAAGAAAUCACGAAUUCAAUCUGGCAUGGCCAGAUUUUUCAACUUCUGAUGAUUCUGAUGAUGGAACAACUUCCAAUGGCACCACCACACCUGUUAUGCAUUAUCAACAAAAUACAACCGCAAUUAAAAAUGAUCAAUUUCAGGAAUCAACAAUGGUGGGUGAUGAUGAUGCAGUUGUUGAUGUUGUGUGUACACCUUUUACUCAAAUUCUAAACGAAGAUACUUUUGACAUGUUGUUGGAAUCAGCAUUAGCUACCUCUAUUAGACAUUCAAGUCAUCAAAGUCUCACUCAUUCAGAUCAGCGUGAACCAAAUAUCAAAAAUGAUGAUGUAAACACUGUUCCUGUUACUAUUGUGGCACCAAGACGGUCGAGAAGAUUGGUUCAACUAACCGACAAACUUAGAUCACCUCAUUAUAGGAGGGCCGUUGAUCCAAACCAACCGAUUAGAUCAAUUGAGGAGAGAGUGUCAGGUUGGAUUUGCGCAGGGCUGGAAGAUGAAUGGGAUCUUGUAUUUGAAACAAUGUUUGGAGAUAGUGGACCUCGGGGAAUUUUUGAGAGUAUGAUUCCUGGAUCCAAAAUCCAUGGAACAAUAAUUGAUAUUUGGGCUACUAUUCAAAACCAUCUAGAACUGCACAGAAAUAAAAAGUCACCAGCAAGGAUGUUUUUAUCAUGCACACUCCUGAGCAACUUCAUACUGGAUGAGGCGAUUUGUAUAGAACAACGAUACAAAAUGUUCGUUGAUCGCAUGAAUGAACAUAUCGAAAAGUUCAAGCAAUGCACAAGCUUUAAUGACGUGGACCUAGUAUUCUUCCUGGUGCUUGAAAAUGAUCAUUACUACCUUAUUGUCUUUGAUUUCAAAAAAUCAGAAUGCGUAAUAAUAGACAACAUUUACUCUGAAGAGUCGAUUGAAGUAAUUUAUGGAAAUGUGCCGAACGAUCUGAAAAUAUUGUUUACUCUGUACAUCGACGCUUUGAAUCAUCCAAAAAGAAAUUCAAUUAAGCGUGCAGUCACAGUUCGAUUGUCCAUGGCAUGGAUGACAAAAAUGAACUACAUAGAUUGUGGAGUAUUCGUUUUGAGGCACAUGGAAACAUAUAAAGGUGAUGAUUUGGAUAAAUGGAAUGUUGGUUUGGAGCCUGAGUUCCCAGACAACGAUGACCAACAGAUGCAGUUAAAUGAAUUAAGAAAAAAGUAUGUUACGAAAAUUUUGACAUCCGAUUUAAACCUUAUCAAACGAUCUUUGCACAAAAAGUUGGCAUCAUACGAUAAGUUAUCUGAUUUGGAAAAGGAAAACUUCAAAACCGAAGAACAUCUCCAACGGAUUGAGCGCAUAAUCAGUUUGUUUUAUUAG